GAUCCACACACAGUCAUGUGAGGCUCCCUAGUAUUAUUGCUGGGCUGCAGGCAGACAGGGCGAGCGAGUGGAGCCAGUGCUGUCAGUGAAUCCAAGGGGAACCCAGGAGCAAGGGCAAAGCUUUCUCCCUAAUUCCCAGGGAUCGGCUGCAUUUCUGGAGUUGCAGAGCCCAUUCGGUGAAGGCUGUUAUUGCUUAUGCUGCUGGGAUCUCCUCAGAACCUAAUCCAGGAAUGGUGGAUCACUUGCUUCUGACAGAUGAAUACUUCUCGAUCUUCCAGUCUGCCAUUGGCUAUAAAGCUGAGAUGCUGAUGGGCGGAAGGGGCUAUCAGAUGUUGCCCUCCCCCACUUCGGAGGAUGACAGUGACUCUUCCAGCUUCCGCUCCUGCUCCAGCCCCGACUCCCAAGUCCUGAGCUCCAGCUAUGGCAGCACAUGUAGCGCCGAGAGUCAGGACAGCAUUCUUGCAGAAAGUCAGGACAGUAUUCUAGAUUUCCUUUUGUCCCAAACAUCAUUGGGCAACACCACUUUAUCUUGGUGGGACAAAAGAAAGCAACAAUCAAUGGUCAAGGAGGAGUACUUCAAUGUCCCUGAGUUCAGGGUGGACUUAGAGGAGUCAUCGUUCUUUCAUCCCACCCUGGACGAAAUCGAGGAGUUUCUCGAGGAAAACAUGAAAACCGACUUUAAAGCUGAAUCCCAACAUGAAGCCAAAGAACUAAGGAACUGUCAUUUACUGUCUGAGCAACUCAAACAAGCCCCUGUGGUGGCCAAUGACAUAAAAGCGGAUACAAAUGAGCAGUCAAACUGUUCAUCACAAGGAGAAUCUGGCAGUGAGAGUCCAGGCACUCUUGCCGUUGAGGGUGGCAUUCCUGUUAUACUUCAGAUUCAGCCCUUAGAGAUCAAACAAGAGUCUAAUGCCAGUCCAGCCUCACAGGCACAGUUCCCAGAUAACAUUAAGGUAGCACAACUGCUGGUCAACAUUCAAGGCCAGACCUUCGCCCUGGUCCCACAACUUGUCCAGUCAUCAAACUUGUCCUCAAAGUUUGUCCGCAUAGCCCCAGUGCCCAUCGCUGCUAAACCCAUGGGCCCUGGAAAUGGCAUUCAGGGACAAUCUGGAAUUAUGGUGGGCCAGAAGUUCCAAAAGAAUCCAUCCACAGAACUCAUAAAAAUGCACAAAUGUACUUUCCCCGGAUGCACCAAAAUGUACACCAAGAGCAGCCACCUUAAGGCUCACCUGCGGAGGCACACCGGCGAGAAACCCUUUGCUUGCACGUGGCCAGGGUGUGGAUGGAGGUUUUCCCGGUCUGAUGAGCUAUCUCGACACCGCCGAUCACAUUCUGGGGUGAAGCCAUACCAGUGCGCUGUAUGUGAAAAGAAGUUUGCUCGCAGCGACCACCUGUCCAAACACAUCAAAGUGCACCGGUUCCCACGGAACAGCCGCUCCACGCGUUUAUCAAACUGAACUAACUUUAGCGAUUUGCUGAGAAUCUAAUGAAUCCCAAGCACUUUGUCCGUCUUCCUAUCAUAACUUAUUGGUGUGGAAUACACCCUCAGUUUGAAUGGACAUUGAUACUCUGCUCGUAUUUAACUUGGGUGUGAAUGAAAGAGGGAUUUGGUGCUUAUCACAUAUUGUCCUGACAGUGAAGGGUUAACGAGGGUUGGGAAGCUUUUCAAAUUAACUUUAAUUCCAUUACGGUAUGCUAUGUAAGCUUUCAACAUAGUCCAACAGUGGGUUCUGGGUGGGGAGCUUCAUUGACUCAUAUAGAUUUGAAAUGGUUCAACCAAAAUAUUUAACAUCUUCCAGUUACUCAUCUCAUUGGGCCAGAAUCCUGACCUUUGUGACACUUAAUAGGGCAUUGGCAGUCUUAUAAAGUAAGGAAUGGACCAUGUCAUUGGAAGGCUAAGUCACUGUUUUGGAGAGAUUUUUUUUGUCAUUUUAAAAUCUUGUUGUGUCUCAGGAAUAUUCUAUAUUUUGACAUCAGGCUUGGUCAACCUGUGUUCCUCAAGCUGUCAUGAAACUCUAAUUCCGAGUAUGCCUUGCCACCAAGGAGCUCCGCUGGAGGGUGGUUGCAUGCAAUAGAGAGAAGGUUUUAGCAAAAUAGCACUUUCACUUCUACAGAAAGAAUAGAGGUGAUAGGAUGUAUUACAAUAUGUCCCUGAACUGGAACAUCCAUCUUAGAAUCUUCCAUCUUUGUCCAAUAGGACAACGAGAAGGAACAUUUCAGGUUAGCUAGCUGGUCGCCAUCACUGAAGGUUUGUACUUUCCAUAGUAAUAUAUAUUAUUGGAAGUAUUUGUACUCUAUACACAUGUACUAACAUAUUAUACUGACCUCUCAUAACCAUGCCCUGAUCCCCCUACUAUUCUGCCAUUUUGUUGGAGACCAUGCCUUUUAUUUUUUUAUUUUAUUUUUUUGUCUUCCCACACUUAAUCUGACUGCCAGCAAUUGGGGCUGUCCUAGGAAAUUUGGCAAGUUUGAGUAUUUCCUGUGAUUCUACUUCCCACCAAGUAUCUACAGUAUCAUAUAUACUGUAGAUGGCAUUCCUUUACAAAAAUGUUCCAAGGAACUAGUUUAACACAUUGAAGUGGCGAGUGUUUUAUGAUCUGGAUCACAAAACAGACAGUCAGACAUGAUUAUGGUGGCAGGAGCAAAGUUUGUAUUGGCUCGUAUCAGGCUUCUUGGUGGUGUAAAAGGUAAUAUAAGAUGACCUGUCUGACUAGAAGACAGCUCUGCGUAACACAUACCUCCCAAAAGUGCCUAUUUUAGGCACCCAGAAAGCAAGCCUUAUUGAAUAACAUGGUAUGGGUUAGGCAAAGUGUAAUGUAUGAUUGAGUAAGAGCACAUUUCUGAUUCAACUUUAUAAUUGACAAUACCAUGACAAUACCAUGACAAUAAAUGUGCAAUUCUCCUAAUAAGCCCAUUCACUGCGAGUGUAUAUGAGAUAGUAAAAAAAACAAAAACCCUCAAACAAAUAAUAAUAAGAAAAGUCAUCAUACUGUUAUUUUAUGUCUUUUUGAGUCUUUUUGAGUCAACAUAUUUAUCUCUGAUCAAUCUCUGAAUGCGAAAAUUCUUCUAGGGACAAAAAAACCAAAACCAUAUCAGUAUUUAUUAGUCCGAAGAAGAAAUUUAGUUUUAAAGAUCAGCAAUGUAGACAUAUUUAUACUGUACCUAUGUCUUUUGUUUUCUUUUUUUCCACCCUUCAUAUUGGCUUAUUUACUUUUCAAGUGAACCCUAUGCAUAUAGAAUGUAAUCUCUCUCUCUUAUGGAAUGCUGUAAGACGCCUAACCUCACAUGACCUUCUUUACGGAAUGCCAUAAAACUCUCCUUGCUAAGCUUCAGAUGAGGUAGUUACCCUUUUUGUUUUAUUGUUUUUGAGUGGAUACUCAAUAUUGGUUCAUUUGCUGUCAUAUCUCAAAUGCUGGAAUCUACAAUAUAUUUCAAAACAAGUGUGAACCAGUCUCUCCCGCCAUCUUUACUUGGUGUAGAGCACUUAAUUACUUUAUUUUUCUAAAAAAUAAAUAAAUAAUAAUAAAAAAAUCUAAAAAACAAAAAAAAUUAAAGGAAAAAAAUAUAAUAGCUUAAAUUAGAAAUUGUGUUAAUGUGAAAAAUAAUCUUGUGACAUUCACAACUAGUUAUGAAACAGUUCUAUAUUUUUACAUCACAAUCCUUUUUGAUUUUUUUUAAUGAACUAUUAAAUGCAUAAACGUAAAUGAAUAAAUGAUAAAUGAUCACAACUGAACCACAAAAGAUAAUAUAUAAUGUAAUACUAAUUCCUUUGCUUUGUUACAAAGUAAAUUGAGUUCAAAUAUCCCUUCCAAUUAAAUUGCAAUGUGUAAAUAGCAAAUUGCAAGCAUGUGUGUUACCUAGAAGACCACAAGUUAUUACUGGGAUUCGUCUUCCUGCACUGCCCACAGUGAAGCAGACAAGGGGGCUCUGCUAUUAGCAAUUAAUUGAGCAUAUGAAAUGCUCAACAGAUUUAGCUAGCUCUAAAUAUGUCAGGUAUUAUGGGUUUAUUAUAUGGCAUGGAAAUACACAGAGUUUAAUGUUUAACAUGCUCUUACCAGGACAUGUUGACUUGAUGUCCUACAGAACAAAUAAAUGGGCUAUAUCGGGGUUGUUGCUUCCUUUUUGUAAAAAAAAAAUAGUAUAUCAAAAAUCACAAAUACUUUAAAAACUUUUAGAUUGUCUAUAUAAUUUAUUCCCUUUUAAUUAACACUAAUACAACGGUUUAAAACGGAAAACUACUUGUUUUCUGUUCUAAAUAUAUCUGUUGCUACUUCUCUAUAAAGUUUUGUGACCAUAGACUUCAAUUCAACCUCGAUUCAGUUCAAAGAUCAUCUAAGCUGGAAAUAAUUUGUAAACUGUGUUAAGCCAUUUGUUACCAGACGGAUACAGAUAGUGCUUCAUUAUUAUAGGUAGCAGGUCCCUCAGGCUUUAAUGAGGAUAAUGAGUUGUGCAUUCCUUAUAUAUGUAGAAAGUCAUGUAUAUCAAAAUAAUUUGUUCCAUGUUGGUCAAUUAUUGUACCUAAAAAUAAAUUAAAGUGCACUCGUGUUAAAACACUUUAGACACCGAAUACAUGGGCAAAACAAAAAUUCAUAAAAAUCCACCUGAUGAAUUCAUUAUGAAUUAGUGACAUCUUGCACUGAUUCGUGCCUCAGUGAUGUCACUAUCUCCUAGUGAAUUGUAAAGUAGAAUAUUGUUUAAAUCAGAUUUUUUGAGAACUGUGAAGCCCCAUAGCCAAUAUGAUAUCAGCCAUUGAAGAAAAGUCAUCAUAAAUUUAGAAAUCACAGGGAUGAAACAAAAUUGAUUGGCUAUAAUGCACCAACUGCACUUAAUAUCUGGGGUUUGUGGGUGACAAGUAUUCUCCCAUGGAAGUUCCACCAUACAGGUGUCUGGGGUAUUUGUUCAGCCCACAAAUAUUUUGUUUCUCUGACCAAACUGUUUACUCUUCUCUGAAUGUAUGUAAAUAGGGUGUAUAUAGAAAGCUCCAUAUAAAAGACCUUUUUAGUAAUGUAUCAGAAAUGUAUGUAAAUUAAAUCAAAAUUAAAAUAUCUCUAUGAUACCCUGUAUAUAAAAAAAUACUGUAUUUUCUCCUACGUUCUUCAUAAAGUAUAUUUACUUUGACAAUAAACAGAAAAAAUGCAA